AUGACUGCCUCUGGCAGUGAGGUGAGGGUGUAUGUUCGCACCAGACCCACGGCUGCUUUCGCUCAAGACCUAAUAGAAUACCUACCUGACAAGGAGACAGUGAAUAUCCAUCAGAGGAGAGUCUCCAGGAAGGGCAUUGUGAAUAAUCAGCUGAGUUCCUGGUCCUUCCAUCUGGAUGGAGUGCUUCACGAUGUGUCACAAGAGGAGGUGUAUGAAUGUGUUGCUCGCAGUGUGGUGCUGGGAGCACUGGAAGGCUAUAACGGCACGGUGAUGUGCUUUGGUCAGACUGGAGCUGGAAAGACAUACACUAUGACUGGAGCCACAGAGAGCUACAGACAGAGAGGAAUCAUUCCACGGGCUUUACAGGAGGUGUUCAGGGAGAUAGAGCUUCGAGCAGAUUACUCCUUCUCUGUACGCCUGUCCUACCUGGAGAUCUACAACGAGACGCUGGUGGACCUGCUCUCCUCCGUGAAGGGGGUGCAGGGGCCACAGGGGGGGAACAUGGCCGUGAUAGAGGAGGCAGGAAGAGGGAUUUGGGUGAAAGGGUUGUCGUUACACCCGAUACAUAACGAGGAGGAGGCUCUCAACCUGCUCUUUGAGGGAGAGAUGAAUCGUAUCAUAGGAGCUCAUGCCCUGAACAAGCACUCCUCCAGGUCUCACUGUAUCUUCACCAUCCACAUUGAGUCUCGUUCCUGCACGCAGUCAGACGCAAAAUAUGUCACCUCCAAACUGAAUCUAGUGGACUUGGCAGGAUCAGAGAGGCUAAGCAAGACUGGUUCAGAGGGCCAAGGGCAGAAGGAGGCCAUGUAUAUCAACAAGUCCUUGUCCUUUCUAGAACAGGCCAUCCUGGCCUUGGCCGACCGUCGGAGAGAGCAUGUGCCGUUCAGACAGAGCAAGCUGACCCAUGCACUCAAAGACUCCCUCGGUGGGAACUGUAACACAGUACUGGUGGCCAACAUUUACGGAGAGGCAGCACAGAUAGAGGAGACGCUCUCUACUCUACGAUUCGCCAGCAGGAUGAAGUGUGUCCGGACUGUCCCAUCCAUUAACGAACACGAUGACCCUGUGCUCCAGGUCAGGAGACUUCAGAAAGAAAUCCGACUGUUGAAGCAGGAGCUGUCCAUUCAAAACACACUGGCAAACCGCCGAGGCGUGUCCUAUGAGCCCCUGUCGGAGACUCAGGUGGCUGAGGUGAAGAGUCAGGUCAGGAGGUACCUGGAGGGCUCAGCCAAUCAGAUCAUGAUUGUGAAUGUCAGACAGGUCCAGGAGGUGUUUGCCCAGUUCAAACAAGCCAUGCAGGAGCAGGAACAGAGAAUCAGGGAGAAGCUUCUUCAAGACUACUCUCUGGUGGAGAAAACUGCAAAAACAGAAGGACCUCCUCCUGAGGAGCGUCAUGAGCCCAAGGGGACGGCGGGCAAGCUGGAGGGGCGGGGUUUUGGACUUGGGAUGGCCCCUCCCUCAGAGAGAUACGUCCAGUCUGUGUUACCCAACAGAAGCAAAGCCAAGCGGGCCAAAGAGAUGAGCAGCCAGAUGAUCCCAGUCAACUCUUCCUGUCGAUUCUUCGUCAGCAGGAAAGGCGAUGCAGGGAGCCCGGGGCCGAACAGGCAGGCGGAGGCCCCCGGUCCUGGGCCCAGACCUGCCGGGCAGGAAGAUCCCAACCUUGAGAGUCAGGACCAGGAAACCCAGCUGGCUGGAACCAGGGCUGACUCUCCUCCUCCCAAAGAAGAGGCGUUUGAGGACUUUAAAGUAGAGCGGGGGAGUGAGAUUAAUCGCAUCUUAAAGGAGAACAAGGCCGUGUUGCUGGAGAGGAGAGCCCUGUUGCGAACGUUAACCGAUACUGUGAACGAGGUUAAACGAGAGAUCGACAAAACUGCCUCCGACCUUCGGACGACGAGGGAACAGAGGCUUAGCCAGGGAGAGUUUGUGGGUGUGGAGGGGGAGCCUGUGUUGGAUGAGGAAGAACUGUCUCUGGUUUUGCGUCUGCGGGAACUAAAAGGUCGUUACAGGCAGGAGUACGAGGAACUGGUGAACACUAAAGCCGAGGUCAGAUACUGCCAGCACCUGGUGGACCAGUGUCGCAUACGUCUGCUCACAGAGUUUGAGAUCUGGUACAAUGAGUCAUUCCUGCUGCCUGAGGAAGUGCAGACCAUCCUGAACUCAAAUAACGGGCCACUGAGACCAGGACUGGUUCCUGUCGACAAGGCCCUGGCUCUGGAGGAGGACGAAGAGGACCGGACCGCGUGCCUCCGUCAGACGCCACGACCUGACAGUCCGAAUGCCGUUUCCUUCUACAACGCUCACAACAGAACUCUCAAGAGGAGGGGCAGCAGGCCACAGUCUCAGGGCUCUGGACAGAGGAGGAGAAGCAGCAGCAGGAUGGGGACUGGAGCAGGCAGAGUCAAAUUCCCUGCUAUUUUCUCUGUCACCUGA